AUGAGGGUCUUCGGCAAAGAGUUCCACUCGGUGGCGGUCGGUGCGCAGGACAUCAAGGGCAAGAAGCUCACUCUCGACAAUGAGGACCUGCAACCCCUGAAGCUGGCCGACCGGACAUGGACGCACCUCACGUACACCAUGUUCUGGUUUAGCGCCGUCGCGACAGUCACGAAUUGGUACGCUGCCUCGGCUGCUCAGGCUCUGGGUUUGAGCAUGUGGGAAAGCUUAGGUUGCGCAUUCGGGGGACAGGUGCUAAUAGCAAUCAUCAUGGCAUUAAACGGUCGGGCUGGGGCCACGUACCAUAUCGGUUUCCCCGUCGUCUGCCGCACGGCGUUUGGCGUGUACGGUGCCUGGUGGCCAACCUUCAACCGCGCCGUCUCGGCUGUUGUCUGGAACGGUGUCAACCUCGUCCAGGGCGGGCAAUGCGUCUACGUGAUGCUGCAUGCCCUGACUCCCUCGAUUGCCGCUAUUCCCAACACGAUGGGUUCCGGAUCGUCGCUAACCUCGGGCGGGAUGAUUGGCUUUGCCGUCUUCUGGCUCGUCACUUGCUUCUUCCUCGUCAUCCCUGUGCCCAAGAUGCGGAUCCUUAUCUACAUCAAGCUCGGCGUCUUCGUCGUGUCUGCCAUCGCCAUGGUGGCAUGGACCGCGACCAAGGCCGGUGGUCUUGGUGCCGUCAUUUCCCAGCCCGGCACUGCCACGGGCGAGACCCGGACCUGGCUCAUUGUCCGGUUCUUCCUCCUCGGCGCGUCCAACUCUGCCACCUUCGCCUCCAACGCUGCCGAUUUCCAGCGGUAUGCUCAGAGGAAGAACGACGUGCUGCUGGGCAAUGUCUUUGGUUUCCCCGUGUCCAACCUCAUCGUUGCUAUUGCCGGCAAUCUCGUGUGCGCGUCCAGCCAGCUCAUCUUCGGCAAGCUCGUGUGGAACCCGAUCACGCUGCUCGACAUGCUGCAAUCGACUGAAUACACGGCGGCCAAUCGUGCCGGCUGUUUCUUCCUGGCCGCAAUGUUCGCCUACAGCUGCAUUUUCAGCACCAUCUUUGAGAACUCGCUGCCUGCGGGUAACGAUAUUGCGGCCCUCUUCCCCAAAUACGUCACCGUGCGCAGAGGUUUCUUCAUCUGUGCCGUGUUGUCCUUUGCUAUCUGCCCAUGGUACCUUCUGGGCUCUGCGAUCGUCUUCGUCUCUUUCCUGUCAUCGUACCAGGUUUUCCUUGCCACUAUCACCGGUAUCCUGCUCGCCAACUACUACCUCAUCAGCAAGGGCAAGAUCAGCAUCCCCGACGCCUUCACCCCGUCCAAGGACGGCGCGUACUACUUCACCCACGGCUGGAACAUCCGCGCCUACAUUGCGUACAUUGUCGGCAUCGCCCCCAACUUCUACGGCUUCCUCAACAACAUGGGUGUCGCCGCGCCAGUGUCCAUUUCGCGGUUCUACUACUUUGCGUACUGGGUCGGCCUGUUCUUGUCCGGCGGUGUGUUCUGGGCCCUCUGCCAGUUCUUCCCCGUGCCCAUCCAGGAGGAGCGGUGGUGCGAGCCUAAGGACUAUGUCCGUCCCGAGGAGCGCGAGGAGAACAUGCCUGCUGCGGUGAUUGAUGCGAGCGAGGUCGGGUCUUCGGACGGGUCGGCGACAAAGGUGGCUGUGCCGGAGACCACCACGGAGAAGGUGCUCGUUUAA